GGUGCGAUCCAGCCAAUCACGGCACACGUCGCGCUGCAGUGGGCGGAGACGCGGCCCAGUGCUGCUGUAACACAACCGAGCCUUUGAAAUCCAGAAAACGGAUAGAAUCGGGAAGAAAACAGCGAUAAAAAGAGCAAGAAACGACCCAGAGCUGGAGCAUUAGCUGACCUGGAGUCAUGGACCCGGCUUUACCUCCAGACCCGAACCCUGAGCCUGAACCGGCUCCAGAUGUCACUUCACAAGCAGACGCCGUUCAAGAUUUUCCAGUCCAGCCCACCCUGGAUUCGAACCCGCAGCCAUGCCUGGAACCGGUUUCAGAUCCGGCCCAGGAACCCCCUGCAGAACCGACCCUGAACCCAGAAAUAAAGCCAGAACCAUCAGCACCAGAACUCACACCAGAACUACCGAUCCCAGAACCGGCACCGGCCCCAGCGCCGCCUCCAGCGGCCAACUCCUACAAGAUCAUGACCUUCAGACCCACCAUGGAGGAGUUCAAGGACUUUGGGAAGUACAUCGCUUACAUUGAGACCCAAGGAGCUCAUCGUGCCGGUCUGGCAAAGGUUAUUCCACCGAAGGAGUGGAAGCCGCGGCGUUCCUACGAGACCAUUGAAGAGAUGGUCAUUCCCGCUCCCAUCAUGCAAGUGGUGACCGGCCAAUCAGGACUCUUCACUCAAUACAACAUCCAGAAGAAGUCCAUGACGGUCGGAGAAUAUCGCAAACUGGCCAAUAGUAAAAAGUACUGCACACCUCAACACAAGGACUUUGACGACCUGGAAAGAAAGUACUGGAAAAACUUGACGUUUAUGUCGCCUAUUUACGGCGCCGACAUCAGCGGGUCCCUUUAUGACCCGGACAUCACGGAGUGGAACAUCGGCCAUCUGAACACUCUUCUGGACAUGGUAGAGCAGGAGUGUGGGAUCGUCAUUGAGGGUGUCAACACACCAUACCUUUACUUCGGCAUGUGGAAAACCACCUUUGCCUGGCACACGGAGGACAUGGACCUCUACAGCAUCAACUACCUGCAUUUCGGCCAACCAAAGUCCUGGUAUGCCAUUCCUCCCGAGCACGGCAAGAGGUUGGAGCGGCUGGCGCAAGGUUUCUUCCCAGGAAGUUCUCAGGGCUGCGACGCAUUUCUCCGUCACAAGAUGACCCUCCUUUCUCCAUCCAUCCUGAAGAAAUACAGCAUCCCCUUUGACAGAAUCACGCAGGAGGAGGGCGAGUUCAUGAUCACGUUCCCGUACGGAUAUCAUGCCGGAUUCAACCACGGCUUCAACUGCGCCGAGUCCACGAACUUCGCAACCCUGCGCUGGGUCGACUACGGCAAGAUGGCCACGCUGUGCUCGUGCCGUAAGGACAUGGUGAAGAUCUCCAUGGACGUCUUCGUUCGCUGUCUGCAGCCUGACCGCUAUGAGCUGUGGAAACAGGGGAAAGACAACAUGGUCCUGGACCACCUGAAACCCACGAGCCUCACCAGCCCCGAGCUGGAGCACUGGAGGAAAACCAGAGUCACGUACAGAGAGAAGCUCCUGCGCAGAGCUCAGGCGAGGGUGAAACAGUUCCGGCGUCUGAAGCUGGAGGAGGUGAAGGUCCUGACGGAGGAGGGAGUGGAGCUGGACAUGAACGAGUACCUGCUCAAGGUGGAGGAGCGCGAGGAGCAGCGACGGCAGCAAAGGGACGAGCGCAUGGCGCGGGAGGCGCUCCUCACACUGGAGGCGCUAGAGAGGGAGGAGCAGGAGCAGGCGGAAGCGGAAGCAGCGCUUCGGGAAGGAGCCGGUGAAGAUGGAAAAACAGAUUCCCAGGAUCCUCUGCCGGAAAACAGAGAGGAGGAGAAGAAAAAGAAGAAGAAAAAGAAGAAGCCAAAGCAUCCCGAUGAGCUCUCCUUCCAGCAGGUGUUUGAGCAGUUCGCUUCCAGCGACGUCGAGAGUAAUGGAGGCGCUCCCGACCUGCAGCCAAGUCCCUUCACGAAGCUGAAGAAGAAAGUUGAGGUAAAGAAGAGUCGAAGACAUCCGUUCAGCAAGCCACCCAUGCGCUCUCCUCACUCCAUAGUCAAACAGGAAGCCUCCAGCGACGAGGAGCUGUACUCUGGGCUGCCUGUAGGUGGCGGUGUGCAGCCGGAGGCUAAGAAGUCCGAGGACAGCGCGCUGUGGCAGAACCGCUUGCCAAACUUCCUGUCCGAGAAACAGUUCAACGCUGCGAUGGCAACCAUCGAGCCGCACUGCGCUGUCUGCACACUCUUCUGUCCAUACACACAGCCUGUUAAGGACCCCUUCCACCUCUCGGACACGUCCGGUCUGGUGUCGCGGGUCGGCUGCCGCACGCGUCCGCUGGUUCCAGAGAUGUGCUUCAGCGCGGGUGCGGAGAACACCGAACCCCUCACAACUCCCACACAUGAUAUCACAACGGCUAAGUUUGCGUUCUCGUUCCUCUCAGGUUGUUACGGCGUUAAUCCCGACACGAAACAGGAGGGCUGGAUGUGUUCUCGGUGUACUGCAGCUGAAUGGACAGCCGCCUGCUGUUUGUGCAGUUUAAGAGGAGGAGCUUUGAAGAAAACCACAGAUGACAGGUGGGUUCACGUGAUCUGCGCCGUCGCUGUGGCCGAGGCUCGUUUCGUUAACGCUGUGGAGCGAGAGCCUGUGGACGUGACGGCCGUCCCUGACACCAGGAAGAGUCUGAAGUGCGUCUACUGUCACAAGACGACCAAGCAGAUCUUCGGUGCGUGUAUCCAGUGCUCGUUGGACAACUGCUCCACAUCCUUCCACGUCACCUGCGCCCUCCUCGCCGGAGUCGUCAUGAAGCCGGCUGAUUGGCCGUACGUGGUGUCCGUCACCUGCCACAAACACAAACAGACCAAUCAGAAGGUCAAAAACCGCUCCCGCGAGCUGUCUUUAGGUCAGGAGGUCAUCGGCAGAAACAGCAAUGGAUGGUUCUAUCGCUGCACCAUCACCGGCAUCGGCACGCAGAACUACUACGAGGUCAACUUUGAUGACGGCUCCUACUGUGAUAAUGUCUUCCCAGAGAACCUGCUGAGUCACGACUGUCUGAGGAAUGGCCCUCCAGAACUGGGCGAAUUCGUGGUGGUCAAGACAAUCGACGGACGGGUUCUCAACGCUUCUUUCAUAAAGGAACAUGUCCACCGAUACCUACCAGGUAACUACGACGUUUGCAACCUCAGUUUUCAUGUUUCCUCUGUUAAACGAUUUGCAGAAGUGCGUCUACUGUCACAAGACGACCAAGACAGAUUCUUCGGUGCGUGUAUCCAGUGCUCGUUGGAACAACUGGCUCCACAUCCUUCCACGUCACCUGCGCCCUCCUCGCCGGAGUCGUCAAAAACCCGCUCCCGCGAGCUGUCUUUAGGCAGGAGGGUCAUCGGCAGAAAGCAGCAAUGGUUUGUUUAUAUCGCUGCAAAAACCAUCACCGCAUCGGCACGCAGAACUACUCUCGAGGUCAACUUUGAUGAACGGCUCCUACUAGUCACGACUGUCCUGAGGAACGGCCCUCAGAAACUGGGCGAAUUCGUGGUGGUCAAGACAAUCGACGGACGGGUUCUCAACGCUUCUUUCAUAAAGGAACAUGUCCACCGAUACUACCAGGUGGAGUUUCAGGAUGAGACACAGAUCUUACUGAAGCGCAGCGAGAUUCACUCUCUGAACCAAGAGCUGCCUAAGAGGGUCAUGUCUCGUCUGCAGGCAACUGUGAACCAACAGCAACCUCAGGUGCAACCGUCAGACGAACCUCUGGCCGCAAAACGCCCACGUCUGCCAACACCGCCACCCACACUAGCCAUUGAGCCCUCGGUGCUACCUCCACAAAUAGUCACCGCUUUCCUGCCCGCUAGUAUUACUCCAAACACCAGCACUGCCCCCUGCCUGCCUCCCCCCACAUCACUUCCUGUUUCCACACCCACACUUCCUGCCCCGGAACCCAGUGAGAGUUACACCCACAGCUCCAGCUACAUAGCCUACAUGGAGUCUCUCCUCAACUCGGACUUUCCUCCAGAAGAGGGCGAACAUGGCGUUGAGCCGAUGUAUUGAAGUGCUGUUAAGCGCUACCAGCUAUUUGUCAAUGCUUCAUACAGACUUUAAAUUCAUCCACUGCAUGUCUUUGUUUCAUUUAUUCGCUGUUGUGCUAAUCUGAAUCUCCCACCAAUGAAUGGUGCACGUGGGACACAUGCGUGUCAUUAUAGACUGAAGCCGAAACAGACCCAGUACAUAGCCUUGGGGGAUGCCGCACUCUUACGACUUUUUCCACGAUCUUUGCUCUGGUUCUUUCACUAAAUGGAAAGAGCCGCCAUACGUUUUCAAAUGGGAUAAUCAUUCACUGUAUGUGCUGUUAAAUUUAUACCUGAUUUUUUUCUCAAACGAGUGCUAAAUAUUUUUCUAACUCAAGCCAAAACAUCAUGCAACCCGGUCACAGUUCAAAUAGACAGUCUAUUUCUGUACAGUUUCAGGUAUUUUUCUCUGUACUCAAGUGUUCGGGGGGGAGGUCACAGGAAGAGUUUUAGCUGGGCUCAUGGGAUUUAACAAGUAUUUAAAUGUCUUUUGUCACAUAUAGGUUUAAAAUAUUUGUAUAAAGAAAAUCAAUUAUGGCAGCAUCAGAAGCUACAGUUUUCAGUUAGUGUACACAUUUGUGUUAAAAUAGGUUUGUGCGUCUCCAUGUAUCCUUCUAUAAUCAAUGAUAAAAAAAAAAAUUCAGCCACAGAUUAUUUGUUUUUGUAGCAUACUUGGUAGACGUUGAUAUUGAAUACUAUUCACCUUGUCUGUUUUUUUUUUAUUUUUUUUUUUUAUGAAUUACCGUUGUUGUUAUGAUUAUUAUUUUUAUUGAUUUUUAUUUUGGUGAAUCUUUGCAACACAAUGUCGAAAUAUGAAAAAAAAAAAAAAGUUGAAUAUCAUUUUUAUUCAAGAGGUUGAAGUGGCGUACAUUUAAGCGUAUAGUCAUAGGUGAUAUUAAACAGAUACGCAAUCCGCCUUCUCAAGGUGCUAUAGAGGUCUUAGACUACUGAGGGGCGAUCCAGGUCAAGUGACAUACAAUGAGGUGUACAUACUAGACGUCCUGCUCACGAAUUGGAAAAAUUUUCUUCAGUGUAACUUCUAAUCUUAUCAAAUGCCAUGUCACAUUCAAAUAAAGGGUCUGGUUGUCGCUUUGGAUUUCUUUUCUCCUUUUUGUUGUUUGCCCAUCCUUGUUUCAUUUUCUGAUGUGAGUGAUUAUCAAUCGGCACACCUCCUUCGCCGGUAUUUGUGGGUUCAUCAUCCAUAUAGCAUUGAGAAGUUGCUUCAGCGCCCCUCGAUUGAUUUGUUAUAGACUGAAGCCAAAACGUACCCAGUACAUAGCUUUGGGGGAUGCGGCACUCUUCAGACCCUUCCCACAAUCCCUCACUCCCAAUCCUUCUCUAAAACGAAAUAACGGCCAAAUAUUUUCAGAUGGAAUAAUCAUUCACUUAAGCAUGCCAAAGAUUUUGGAGAAUUGUUAAAAAUGCAAGAUAAAUUAAUACAAUGAAAGUCCCCAGAUGAAGUUAUUCAAAUAUUAAGUUGACAGCCCUUCUUUUUCUAUAUAUUUGCUCAUACAUCAUGAUUUUUUUCUUACUAUUAUUCCUCCUGCUUUCAUUUAGCAUGUCUAAUAACAUAAUAACAUUUGAAUUACACCUUUACGUAUGAAUUGAGUAUGAAACUCAUGAGUGCAUCCUCUCUCCUUCUGUUCAGUGUGACAACCACCAUUCUCAUCUCAACCCUGUUUGUUGUUUUCCGCCUGCCAGUGAUGCCUACGGCCGCUCUGACACCAGACGCAGUGUGUCGAUGGCAUUUGUACUCCUCUGUUUCUGGGGUUUCUGCUUUGCAUUAACAGAAAUGUCACGAGGGGCAGGUUUAAUGAAAUAACCCACCACAGCUUGCAUACUGAUGAUGGUAAAUGUUUAUCUGUGCAGAAGUACUAGGAAAGAUUCUAAUAAAAUGUGAAGUGAAACAGUG